GCCAGUUGGAGCCAGUUUCCCAGUCCUCACUGAACUACUGAAGGUAGGACGUUCACUUCACUUGAUAUUAACAUCGGGACCCUUUCUAACCGAACAGCCACUGUGUCGUUGUCGAAUUCGUUCUCGAAAAUCGUUCGGAAGUGAUCCAAAGAACGCGAGGCCCCCUUUACGGGACACCGGCUCCGUCAGAAGAGAUUAGUGACGUCAUCGCGACAGUCAGUCGUGUCGCCACGUGACCAGCAAACCGGCGCGGGAGACUCAACCUUCCGUCCCAACAGGGAUGGCAGCCGCUCACGUUAUCGUCAGCAGUUCGAGCGAAACGACGGAGCGUGUCGACAUCUUCAACAAGAAAAGUGCCGCCUCGAUGACUGAAAAUGCCGGCCUCGACAACAAGGACGUCGAGAGCUCUCUGGACGACACUGAGCUGCAGACGUUAGAAGAGCAGCUGCAGGCCGAAGAAGCGAAGCUGAGUGCACUGCGUCACAACGUGUCGAAGCUCCGCGAGAAGCGAAAACGGUUGUAUCGAGUACAGCCGCCCCCACUGGUACAUGCCGGGGGCGUCGCGCAUACAACGUACUCAUUGGCUGCCGGGAAUAGCGACGUUCUACCUCCUCUGCCGCCGUUGAAGGCAAGCAGUAUGAACCACGUGGCACAGCAGCCACGACUGGUGCAGAAUCACGGAUUGUCGUCGCAUCAUGUUGGUAUGUCGACUGGCAAUGUGAAUCAGAUCGAUGAGGGACGGUCGUUGGUGCGGGGCGACUACGUUCAGAUGUCGCAUCCCGUUCUGUAUCAGGAUAGCAAGCAGUUGCAGGGGUCGGUUGGUGAGGAGCACGUGAGGUUGGCUAAACGGCGUUUGAAAGCGACGCAGGAGUCUGCCCGGCAGAUGUUCAUUCAUCAAAUUGAGAGGUCUCUGUCGGGCAUCCCUGUGCCACGACCACCACCUGAUCAGUGGCCUCUGUGUCCUUGGGCGGUUGGAUCGCACUUCAAUGCGCUUGUCGGGCUCGAAUCGAUUGUGACAUUUAUUCAGACCGGUAAAUUGCCGGAUCAGGAGUUUGCUAAUCCGUCUCGUACACACAUGAAGUGUUCAAGCUGUCAUACCGACUUUUCGCCCGUUUGGCGGUUAGUUAGAGAUUCCCAGAGGCCGUGUAUAGUUUGCGAACGAUGUGAGAAUGUUCGUAUAAAGCAAGCUCUUGGAUCGCAUUACUCUCGUCGUCUUCAUAAUGCAUUCGCUCAAGCAGAGCAGCAAGAGAAAGACUUCGAAGCCCAAAUGGAGCAACAGGUAAUGGAAGAGGCGCAGCGUGUCAGACACGAGCAAUACGUCUACAAUCAUAACGAGCAGAUGGCUAGACAACACCAACGGCAUUCAAACUCUACAUUGCAGCAUCAAGUACAAGAUCCCGAUGCCGAUAUGCUUCGACUAAUGGUCCAACAGCAGAAAGACAUCGAAAAGAGAUUGACAUUGACAGGUACCACGUCUCACAUUACCGUAUAGUUUUCACUGGAAUUCUCGAGAAGUUGGGGUUGGGUUUAUUGCGAACUCUAAGUCUAUGACAGGUGGUAAAGAGCACAGAAUUUAAUUUGUGUGAAACUUGUGGCUUUAUCACAGCAGACUUCAUUACUCUUGCACAUAGUCAGCAGCGUUUUUAGGAGAUUUGUGCAAACAGAAAUGGUGAAAUAAUUUAUUAUUACUAUUGCUAUUUUAAUGUAGUCCUAUUGUGUUGAAUUCAUAUCA